UGCCUGUUCACCCCUUUAUCAUCCAGAAGGCGAGUGAUAAAGGACUGGCAAGUGUCUCUCAGAGAGGAAUGGAUGACACGGGAGAGUCGAUGAUGAUGACUCCCGAGGAAAAACUUACCCAGUAUGAUAGCAGGGCCCAAGCCUUUGCAGACACUCAACAGUUUGAUGCUUGUAUCCAGGACCUUGUCCGCUGUGUGGCUCUUACAAGACUGGUGUAUGGAGAUGGGCAACUGAAACUAGCCCAAGCCCAUGUCAGACUGGCUAAAGCAUACCUACAGUUUAAAGGCUGGGCAGUGCAGGCCCAGGAGCACUCAGCCAGAGCCAGUGAACUGCUCCCCUUCUGCACCCCCAACUCCACCAGCCGGGAGGACAGGGUCCACAUUCUCACCUGUCUCCUCAACAUAUACCUAACACAGGGAGGCGCCACUCUGCUGCUGGCAAAUCUCGAGGAAGCAGAGUCUAAUCAUCGAAAAGCAGAGAGGAUUGUGGUAGAUCUUCAUCAGCUAGGAGGCAUAAGCAAGGAGGAGAAAAUGGAGACUGAGUUUGAGAUAUCCACGUCUCUGUCCAGGGUGUACCAGCGGCAAGGCAGGUCAGAGGAGGCCCUGGGUCAGUGUGAGAGUAGUUUGCAGCUGCUGGAGGGCUGGGAAAGGCCAGGUCAGGCCUGCUCCGUCUAUAAGGACAUGGCUGCCAUCGAACAGGCCCAAGGCCGCCUCGACAGAGCUUUAGAGCACCUCUCUAAGGCUCAUGCCAUAGCUCUGAGUCAGAGCCCUGGGGGUCUGGAGGGGGCUCACAUCGCUCACAGCCUGGCCUUGGCUUACUCUACUGUAGCAGAGCCCCACCACAAUGACUCAGCAGCACACUACUAUGAGCAGAGUCUGAGUACAUACAGGACCUCCCUAGGCCCACAGGCUACUGUCACUCUCAACCUUCAGGAUGACUACUGUCGCUUCCUCCUCCUCACUGGGCAGCAAGAGAGGUGUGUAGAGAUCCAGAGGGAGUCCCUGGCCUUGAAGAGAGAGACAUUUGGUGACCUGAGUCCUGAGGUGGCUGACACUCUGCAGCUGAUUGGAGGGGUGCAGAUGACCCAGGGCCAGGUGAAGCAUGCCCAUAGGACCAUGAGCAAGUGUCUGGACAUUCAGAGUGUCCUGUAUGGCCCUCAGCAUAAGAAGACAAGAGCCACGCAGAAGACAGUGGACAUGCUGGCCCAGGCGCCCGAGGUUGCUGGGAGACAGAAGAGGGAGGGUAGCCUGAAAACAAGGCCUCCUUUCUGUGCAGUCCUACCUUCUUAUAGCAAGGCAGGAGGAAACGCCAACAUGUCGGACUCCUAACAUGCCAUCAGAGCUGAGCUGGAUGAAUGAGCCUUGGCCCUCUAAGAAAAUAAAGCCUCUCCCUUUGUCGCAAGGAGAAAUUCUAUGAAUUGGAAAUGGACCAAGUAAGACCCCUGGCAAUCCUUUCUGUUUUCAUUGUGCAUUCUCUGAGGAAUUAGUGUCAGGCUGUUGGCAGGACUACGCAGACAGAACUCCUCAGAAUGAAGGGAAGGUUCUACAGCUCAGAGAAGAGCUGCAGCGGAGGACUCUGUCCCUUCCUUGUCUCUCUGUGUGUACAACGAAGACGUUCAAUGUUAUGUUUAUGUUGUAUUAAUAAAGACUCAAACUCAGGAAACACA